AAAUUUAGAUAAUUUGGAAGAUUUUAUUUUUAUUCAUUUAGGUUCAAAAAAGGUUGGCUUAAAUAUUUUGAAAUCGUUUGAAAUGCAUCACGGUACUUCAGUUAAACUUCCAUCAUGUUCGCAAUUUAUAGACUUUAUUCGUAAUCAGUCACAUAUUUUACAACGAGCUAAUAAUAUUGUAGGUACGAGGCAGUCUAGUUACAAGUCGGUAAAGAAUAGUACGUCCUUUUCAACUUCUCGUCCCAAUAGUAAUAAUUAUAAUAAAAUUAGUAAGACUUUUGUUAUUAAAGAUCAAAACAAAUGCUAUUGCUGUGGUAAUACCGAACAUUUUCAGUUGCGGUUUUGUAAGAAAUUUAAUGCAUUAUCGCCCACGGAGCGUUUUGAUUUUAUUAAAUUAAAUAAAGGCUGUGUCAAUUGUCUAAGUAAAGAACACACAGUUCGUCACUGUACUUCUAAAUCGACGUGUACGCAAUGUUCACGGAGUCAUCAUUCACUUCUUCAUUUUACGUCUGAAUUAAAUCGCGAACCUCACUCGAAAAUACUGAGUGAACGGAUAACAAAUGCCAGCUUUGCCACUAAUGUUAGUUCAUCGCAAGCUGCGCAUGCGACGGCCGCAUCGCCACAAUCUAUUUCUUUGUGUGCCAUUAAUCCGAGCGCCGACGUACCGCGCGCACAAUCGCCUGGUCAUACUAUUCUACUCGGUACCGCGCAAUGUAACGUUAUUGAUUGCGCGGGAAAUAAAAACACCGUUCGGAUUUUAGUGGACAGCGCGUCGCAAAGGGAUUUAAUUACACUUAAUUGUUGUAAGAAAUUAAAUUUACAACUAUUGCCCUCCCCUACAAAAUAUGUUUAUGGACGCGAGCGCAGCGGAUCGAUGCGUUCCGCGAGGAGUAAUUACUUAUGUCUUGUGAGCCCUAGUUUUAUAAUUAUCGAACUCGGGAAGAAAGAGUGGCCACUCAAAGAAAACGUCUACAAAAUAAAGAGGGAAAUUCGCGACCCGGCACGUGGUGGAAGAAUUGCUGCUGCUCUGAACCAAAUUAUUAUAGAAUAUAGCGAUAGAAAAGGUAACGCUUUAUGUAAAAACAAGGAAAUUGUGGAAAUAUGA